UGAAAAUGCUGCUAUAUAAUUUGCAUGGUCAGGAUCUCUGCCGGUUCUAGCAUGGGUUUUGCUUUGCUGUUGUUGCAUUCCACGAGUCUGAACCUCCAAAUCACCACCAUGAGGCAGCCCAUUGGUUGUAAGGAGGCAAUAACACACAGCAUGGAUGGAUCAUCCGGUGAUAGGGAGCUUUGGUGUAGAACCUCCAGAGCUCAUAUCCCACAGCCUCACAUCGCUGCCCGGUUGUCAGAACCUGAUUAUUGGCAAAACAGCCAUAACCGGGUGUAGUUAGCGUGGAAGGACCUUCGAACUUUCCAGGGCCCAGACCCCAUAGAGAUAUGGCUGCGUCUUUGUUCGUUAUAAGAUAUUGAUAGUUGGAGGAAGCCCUUUUAUUUUUUUUUUGAUUAACUUGUUAGAUUACCCCCCCCAUUGAGUACACCAUUGCAAGGACGCUUGAUGAGGGCGGUGGCUGGUUCGGUGAUAUCUUAUUAUGAUUUAGUAUAGCUCUCUAGAGGCUAGGGAAGUGGGAUACACGAGCUUCCUUAUGAGAUGUUUCCGACGUACAUGGGGCCAUAAAUCUUUCCAAUAUAAUAAGGCUCCAGGAUAUCUUUGGACCCCAACUCCCAGAAGGGGCUGGUGGACAUCAACGCUGCAACCUGCAC